AACCGACCUUCCAGUCACAGUUACAAGUUGGGGUCUUGUCAAUCAAAGUUAAAAAGUUAAAAAAACUAAAAAAUUAUUUCGUUCACUAGUGUGUCUGGUCACCUAACAAUUCCACAGGCAUACACAAUUUAGCAAAAUAAUAUCGUGUCGUAAGAAUGGCAUUCUGCGGCUACGUUAACUCAACCGGAGAUAUUGUCCUGCGCGAUGAGAUCUUCAUGGGGGAUACCCGUGUCCGGCGACCCAAGUCACCCAGUAAUGAUCAUCACCGUCGUCACCAGUCUCUCUACCCGAGCAUGUCACAAGCACCAACUCUGUUAAGGACGAUACCGAUGUCGAGGACGAGUUCUGUGGACUAUAUGAGAAAUAUAGAUUCCAUGAAGGAUUACCGCAAACCGGAUGCUGCCUAUGAGAACUGGUAUUCGGCCAAGCGUCGCCAGCGCCUGGAGAAGCAAAAGGUGCAGCAGCAGGAGCGGAUUACGAGCAGGAGCGUGCAAAACAGCGCUGCUGCCAGCGGAUGGAGAACAUAUGCAGGCGCUGCUCAAGGCCAGUCAAUCGAUUGCCAAGAACUCAACCCUGACUCCCGCUAGCGCAAGCGGCUCGUCCACAUUAGCAGUUCCGGGCUCCAUCCCCUCCGCCUACCUAAUAAGACAUCACGCAAUGCGUCACAGGACCAAAUCCGCCAGGUCGUGGAGGAGUGGUGGCUGAAAAAGAAGCAGCAACAUCAGACGAAGCGCGAGGAGAAGAUCCGGGCUCUCGUCUCCAAGGCUCAGGAGCAGGAGAGACGCAAGGAGCUGGCCGAACUGGCCUGGCAGCGAUGGAUGAGCAACGUGGAUGAGAAGCCCAAGCCGGUGCCCCUCAACCAAGGCAUGGACUCACUGCGUGGCAGCAUUUCACCCAUGUAUAUUAACCCCAGAUCUUGGGUGGAUGCCACUAAGCCUUCACAGAUGUAGUGAGGCAUGCCACUCUCAUAUUUUGUGUCCCGUUUUCCUCAUGUAUCUUGGAUUGAAAUUGUACGAAAAUUAUUUAUAGUAUAACCCUGAUGCGAGGAUUAUUCUAUUUGAAUAAAAUCAGAGUUGAAACAUUUAAA